CUGUGUGACGUCAUCUGAAGGAUGCGCGCGCUUCUUAGCAACGGAAGUUGUGUGUUUGGCUUCUGCCGUUAACUUCCCCAACACACCUCCUUGCUAAUGCUGGUUACGGCUUACCUUCAGCGCAAUAAUGCCGAAUUGUUGCGUGACCGGUUGUCAUAACCGCUAUUACCCCGGUUCCACCAUAAGGUUCUACAGAGUACCCAGCGGGAACCGGCAGUUUCAGGUCCAGAGGAGGCGUUUGUGGAUAGAGGCGAUCCAACAAGCCAACGGCAGCAGUGAAAUCCGUGCAGACGCUCGCAUUUGUGGAGUUCAUUUCAUCUCAGGAGAGGCUUCCACAGAUCCAGACAGGCCUAAUUUUGUCCCCACGUUGUUUACAUGCAGUAAACUACGCCAGGGUCCAACUAGAAAGGCAAAAUGGACUUCUUCUGCCUGUCGAAGAAGUCAAAGACAGAAAUCGAAUGUGGAGACCAAAACCAUAACAACAAGGGGAGACGAUGAAGAGAAUGAAGACACGACUACCGUGAGAGAUGACGAAGAGACUGAAGACACGACUAAUCUAAGAGACGACGAAGAGACUGAAGACACGACUACUUUGACAGAAAAUGAAGACAUAACUGCCCUGAGAGACGACGAAGAGACAGAAAAAUCACCAUCCCAAUCUGCAUCUCAGUGUCCAAUGGACCACCAGUCGUCUGCUUUGAUUGAAACUUCAGAUGGACUUUUACCAGAAAUGCAAACUUUGCCAGUGUCAAAGGAGGAAGAAACAGAAGAUGAGAAGAUCCAUGAUAAAGACCAAGAAGUGACCGAAUGUGAAGCUGAACCUGAAACGAUGGAGACAGAAAACAAAUCCAGCCCAAGUCCAUCACCACAGAAACUACCAGGAAGUGUUUUAAAACCAGAUAAAAUGAAUCCUGUCGUGCUCAUAAAGCCUUUAGUUUUACCACAAGGUGCUUAUCACGUUGACCUGAGCAGCUCUACCGCGGUGUCGUCCAAAGAGCAGCGUGAAGAUGUGAGUCAGGGAGGAUUAACGGAGUCGAGCGCCAACAAAGACCAGCCGUCCUUUCCUUGUAACCUAUGCGAUCGAACCUUCACUACAAGCCACUACCUGAAGCGCCACAAACUGCUUCAUGUUCGAGACGUGAGGAAGUGCCUCAGGUGUGGCGCGCUCUUCUGCCGCCGCCACAACCACGUUUUGUUCCAGACGCGGGCCGAGCCUCUACCCGAGUCUGAGGAGAGUUCCUCCAGCAGCGAGGACGAACCUCUGGACGCAGAGCAGGAGAAAACGAGAAGAGUAACAGAAAAGGCUGACAACGCUUUGAAUGUUCAGACUGCCACACCUCCAGACAGUCCUGCUCUCAGUAACUCACCGUUACUGAAGACUUCCAGCCUGACGGACGUCAGCAAACCUCUCUUGGUGUCGGUGAAACCUGCUGCUGUUCCCUCUCCACCCUCUCCGAUCACCAGGUUCCCAAGCAACCCAGGGACCGUGUUUCAGAUUAAACCGCUCCUGUCGGACACCUCUCCCGCUUUGAUACGACCAAAUCUUCCACAACAACCCCAACUCCCACCUUCCCUGAAGAUCUUUUCCACUCAGCACCUCACCUCAGCCUUGCUCGAUGUUCAGAGAAACUACGAAUACAUUUUAAGCAAGCCUAAAAAUGUCGUGGUGAAAUUCAAGGAGGAACCAGAGGAGCCGGUUCAAAUUUGCCCAGUUAAGAAGCCAGUAAAGCAGGUCAAACUGGAGAAAAUCGCUUAUGACCUGGAGAUGGUAAUCUGACUUAAAGCUGACUUAAAACCUGACUUCAGUCAAACUCGCUUCAGUUAAAAUGUGUCGCCUAUAGAACAGUGUGCAAUGGCUUAAUCCAGAUCUUAUUGUAAAUCUCUACGUAAGACUAUCUUCUCUUCUCAAACAUGGCUCCCACACUCACAGGCCUUUGAUGACAUCACAUAAGGUAACCAAUCAGAGUAAAUAUCCUAAAUAUUCAGAUCUUUUCAGUCAAAUCCCACUGUUGAUGUGGCAGUAUGUCUCUGAUUGGUCAGAAAUGGAGGAAAUGCUGAUGCUAAAUUUUCAUGAAAAGCUAUUUUACUCUUAUUUUUCAUAAUCUGGAAUCAUGGGAUUGUUCUCCUAAAUCAUAAAUUUAAACCAUUUUCAACUUAAAUGCAAGUCAAAAGCUUGUCAGUCACUCAUCCAGAUUAAUGAUUAAUUCCAGCUGAUCAGAUUUCUGUGCCUCUCAUGAUGUCAUCAAGACAAACGCCACAGAAUUAUGAGGUAUUUUUUCCUUCUGUUUGCUUUUUAGAACAAUAUUUUUUGUGUGAAAUAAUGCAGUGGAAAUCUACACGUCAUAUUUUACAUGUACACGUGUUGGAAAAAUAGGAGGGAAAACCUAAUCAGUUCCAGGUAACCCUGAUUGAUUUGUCUACUGUAACUAAAGUGUAAGACUGUGAUCAGUUUUCACUAUUAAUUAUUAGAGGACUGCUGAUUUCUGCUUUAUUUUUUUCAUGUUUUUGGGUGUUGGAUUAAUCAAGUCAAAUUUUGAGCUAUUCUUGAUUCUAUGUGACAUUAUAUCACUACUGUUGGAUUUUAAAUGACACCUUUACAUGUAAUUAUUAAGCUACGCCAGUAGGCAUUCAAGCUGCAGCUUAUUUUAUAUAUAUAUAUAUAUUUUUUUUUCUUUUUUGUCAUUAAAUUUUUUUGCACACAACUAACAUUAGCAGUGUUUCACAUUCCACAUUAUUUUUCUUUUCAUUUCAGUUUCUUCUCUACCUCAGCCAGCUAUAAAAGCAAAUAAAACUGAUUUUGUAUUACAGAUGAAAGCUGCUUCUGGACACAAUGUAUGUAUGUUUAAGUACUCCAGUUUUUCGGAUAUAAAAGUAUUAGAUUUUUGUGUAGUGCUGUGUGCAAACUAAGGAAAAGUGGCAACACUGAUUCCUGUUUUUCUUUCCAGAAAAUGCCUGUCAGAUUGUAAGACAUGAACUAGUUUUGCACCUGCUUUGUUUACUGAAUAAAUAAAGAUUUGUGUCACACUUGUUGUC